AGAUGCUACCAAGAUCAUCCUCUCCUCAUAUUGCCCUGAGAGGGAGCUAUCCAGGGGCAAAGGUCAUUAGACAUCCUCAUUGGCGCAGGAACUACUCAUCAGAAAACCAUGUGGGAAUAAUUGUCAAAUCCAGGCAGACUGUUGAGGAUAAAAUCAACGUACGGGCUGCGGUUGAGCUAUCCACUUCAUCACUAGAGAAGGUGAAAUUUACCAGAAUUAUCUACACAUGCCCAGGGAGAGGAGGUCAAAUGUAUGAUGGACACCUACCGCUGCUUGGAGAUCCUGAGCUUGUUGAUGUAGGAGACAAAGUCUUUGUGAGUGCUACUCCUGCAGAAAUGGACAAACUCCAUGAGCGUAGAGGAUUGUGGAAGCUAGGAAUGACCAAUACUUUUCGCAAGAAGGGCUUUGUGAAGAGAAGAACCCAUACAGGAGAUUUCACUGUGACUUUCCGCGAUGGUCAAGAGACCUUCAUUAUGAGCCCUGCAGCUCUAAAAAAGAUUCCUCAUUUAUGUCUUGGUCAGUUUGUCUGCAUUAAUGAUGAUAUUGAGAUGGUCAAGAGACUACAAUUUGGACAUGGUGGAUGGACACGCUCUAUGAAAAAGCUAAUCGGCAAAGCCGCGAAGGUUGUCAUGAUAGAUGGAUUAGAUGUUCAUGUCAGAACAAAGGACUAUAGUAGGUUCAUCUUCAAUGCAGUCAACCUAACUCCGACCAUCUAUCAUGCUUUGGAUGCUGAAGGGAAAAGAUUGGCAGAAGAUUAUAUAAGAUUCACUCGGAUCACAAAACGAGAGGUGAACAACAUGGCAACAGCCGUAGAGGGAGGAGAUAUCGUAUCAGUGGGACGAUUCACGGAGAAGCAUCCUGAAUGUGUACUGCACUGUAAACCAGAACGUGGAAUUUCCCUCCUGUCCUAUGCCGCUGCCAUGGGAAGCAAAGGAAUGGUCAAGACUAUGGUAGAGAAUGGUGCCUUCAUUGAGAGUCAUGGGGAAGGGGGCUGCACUCCACUGGGCAAUGCAACAAUAAGGAACAGACCUUCCAAUGUCAAAUACCUCCUGGAACAAGGAGCUGAUGUGAACAGCACCAACAAUCAAGGCUUCACACCCCUGUCCAUUGCAUGCAUCAAAGGCUUUUCAGAGAGUGCCUUUCACCUCCUGCAGCAUGGUGCAGACAUCAACCACAGGGCAAAUAUUGGUGAGGACUGCCCGAUACCUGUGAUGCUGGCCAUUAACCUCGGGGCUCCCUCUAUGGUUGAUCUUAUCUUGAACCGUAAAGAUGCAGACUUUAAAGCAGUUUCGGACUCUGGUGUAUCCCUAAUGCAUUAUGCUGCAAGCAAUAAAGACACAUAUUCGUUGAAGCAACUGAUAGACAGGUUCCCACGGCUAGUUGAAGCAGCAACUGCUGAAGGACUUACCCCCUUAUUUCACGCUAUUGAGUAUGCCCGUGUUGAGACCACAGAACUGUUGAUUAAGCAGGGAAAGUGCAAUGUAAAUGCCCAGGAAAACACAAUGGGUUCCAGUCCACUCAUUGAGACCAUAGCGGGAAAACAAUUCAACUUGAUGGAGAUUCUGGUGAAGAACGGUGCUGAUAUCAACCUUAAGAACCACGCUGGGAACACUGCUUUUCAGGUUGCCUUGAAUAUCUACGUUGAUUCUCCAGAUGUUAAUGAAGAACCGUUUGUGAUUGAGAUGAAGAACAAAUGGGGUUUCCGAGGCAUAAAGACAAAUGGAGAUGCCCUCUUGGCUUUUCUUGUCUCUUACGGUGCUGACCUGAACGCACACAACUGUGAAAACAUGACCCAACGAGAGAUGGUUAUUGAUAUCAACCCCUCCAUUUUACCAGUGCUUACUCAAAUACAAGCCGAGACGAGGAGAGACAUUGCCCGACUUGGGAGCACGGUCAAUCGCCCAUUACGUACCGUUACCAAGGCAACCACUAGUCUGGAGACUGAAGUCAUCCCCCCAUCUUCUUUCGUGGACCCAUUCUUGGAAGAGGCUGGAUUGAAGAAACCGAUGGCUGGGGACUUCACCUACCCUGGUAGAGUGCCUUCAGGAAGGCGACGGAGAGGUCCAAGAAAACGAUUCAGAAAUGCUCAACAGAGUACAACUAGGGAUGACCCUGGGUACAAAUCGAAAGAGACGAUUUCCACGGAUGAUGAGUUGCAUCAACUACGAGAUGACCUCCUGGAGAAGGAUGAGGAGAUGGACUUCUUGUUAUCAAGAAUGAAAACUCUUCAGCACCUGGUCAAGAAGAGGAUUUCCUUCACCUGCGGACAUGAUGUGACCCGAAGCAUUGCAGAUCUGUCUCCAAACUGUCCUUUAUGCAGAGAACCUAUUACCUCAGUCAUUGAUCUAGAGUAAAAAAAUAUUAUCAUCAGCAAUGAACAUUAACCAUUUGUGCUCGAUCUGUUUUGUUGCAAUACAUGCUGUUUCCAAACUGGCCUUCAAGGAAUCUGUGGCUUACUUGUUACUUUAGAGCAACAAAUACUGCCAUCUACAAUGAGUUUAGCCAUUAUUGUCCAUUUUUCAGCGAAUCUUCUGCUUCAGUAAUUUAUAUAGAGCAACAAAUACUGUUAUCCGCUAUGAGUUGAGCCAUUACUGUCUAUUCUUGAAGGAAUCUAUUGCUUCAGUUGUUGAUAUCGAGCAAUAAAUCAAUCCAUCCACAGUGAGCUUGAGCCAUUGCUGUCCAUUCUUGAAGGAAUCUGUAGCUUCAUUUGAUGAUACAGUACAACAAACACUGUCAUCCUGCAAUGAGUUGAGCCAUUACUGUCCAUUCUUCAAGGAAUCCAUUGCUUCAGUUGUUGAUAUAGAGCAAUAAAUCCAUUCUUCUGCAAUGAGCUUGUGCCAUCACUUGUGCAAUAAAUGUUACUCUUGUUGCAGUAGAUGCUGUUUCCAAACUGUCCAUUCUCAAAGUAACCCAUUACAUCAGUCUUAUGUACACUGUCAUCAGCAAUGAAUUGAGCCAUUACCAUCCCUUCUCCAAGGAAUCUAUUGCUUAGUCAUCAAUGUAGAGCACAAAUGCUGUCAUCUGCAAAGAACUUGAACCAUCACUUUUGCCUAACAUUGUUAUGGUUAGGUCCCCCAAGUCUGCGCAGUCCCCCUUGUCUGCGCACACGCGUUUCUGCGCAGUUCUAGUAAGAGAAGAUACACAACGACUACAAACUUUACACUUGCAAUACAUAGAAAGAUAUUCAUUUAAAAAUCUGACUCAAAAUGGUGGGAAAAUAAUGAAUUUUUUGCAUUUCAUGUGGCGGCCUCAAAAUGCAGCAUUUCUCAUCAAAAUCCCUGAAUCAUGUGCAAAGUGAAUGAGUGCGCAGACAUGGGGUACCAUUUUUUUUUCAAUCUGAAAAUGACUGCCCGUGGUUUUUUCCAAGAAAUUCAUAUAUUUCUGUCACAAUUUUAUGAGAUUUUUGGCACACUUGCUCAUAAGGAUAUAAGGAAUAUUAUCAACUGAAAAUUUUUGUGAAAUAAAAAAG